CCUUUGUAUAUAUAGCAUGUCCAGCCCCCUUGAAUCUCCUGUCCAUUGGCUUUUCGUGGACUGUUUUGCUACGUCCACCCCCAGCACACACGCCGCACCGCACAUUGCUUUCAUUAAACAUCUCUCUCUCUCUCUCUCUCUCUCUCUCUCUCUCUCUCUCUCUCCCUCUCCCCUUCUCUCUCUCACUCGCCUCUUGUCCGGCCCCCUGAUCUUUCUGUCCAUUGGCUUCUUCGGGUCUAUUUUUCAUGUCCAGCCCCUAAUGAGUGUCCAUUGGUUUUGUUAUUUCCACUCCCUCCUCCCACUCCACGGCUUUGCCCUGCCCAUGUUCUGUAUGUCUGUGUCCAUCCAUCUCCUGACGUUCAAGUUCGCAGGGACGUCACGUCCGCACUUGAACUUGCAGCUCAGGGGGGCUUUUGCCAUUUUUUCAUCUCUCUCUCUCUCUUUUCAAAAAAGCCAUGACGGCUAUCCCACAAUCCAUCUUCCCCGCGCCAUCUUUGUAUUAUUUCUAAUUUAUUUUGGAUGUCAAAGGCAUUGAUGAAGAUAUUUUCUCUGGAGUCUCCCUUCUAACCCGGCUCUCCCGAUGUGAACCGAGCUGAAAGCCACCACCAACCACCAUGUCUCGCCGCAAGCAAGGCAAACCCCAGCACUUAAGCAAACGGGAUUUUUCGCCCGAGCCCCUCUCAGCCGUGCUCUCGGAGGACAAGCAGGAACAGCGCAGGCUGGUACAGGUAGCUCCGGAGGGAGACCAGGAUCUGCUCACCUGUGGCCAGUGUCAGAUGAACUUCCCCUUGGGAGACAUCCUUAUUUUCAUUGAGCACAAAAGGAAGCAGUGCAAUGGCACUUUGUGCAUGGACAAAGCAGUGGAUAAGCCCCCCUCGCCCUCGCACAGCGAGCUGAGGAGGCCCUCCAACCCUGUUGAGGUGGGCGUCCAGGUCACGCCAGAGGACGAUGACUGCUUAUCGACGUCUUCUCGAGGAAUCUGCCCCAAACAGGAAAACAUUACAGGUAAAGAUGAGCCCAGCAGCUACACUUGCACAACCUGUAAGCAACCGUUCAGCAGUGCCUGGUUUCUGCUGCAACAUGCCCAGAACACUCAUGGCUUCCGCAUCUACCUUGAGAGCGAGCGUGGAAGCCCGCUCACACCCCGCGUCGGAGCCCCUUCAGGAAUGGGUGCAGAUUGCUCAUCUCAGCCCCCCCUGCAUGGCAUCCAUCUCCCAGAAGGAAGCCCCUUUAACCUGCUGCGGAUACCCAACUCGGCACGUGAUGGACCCCCUCUCCGAGAGGGGCGAUUUCCCCCAACCCCACCUCUCUUUAGCCCUCCACCUCGCCAUCACUUAGACCCCCAUCGCAUGGAGCACCUGAGCCCGGAGGAGCUGGCCUUGGCCACCCACCACCCGAGUGCCUUCGACAGGGUUCUGCGCCUCAACCCCAUACCCCUGGAUCCCCCAGCUAUGGACUUCUCUCGUAGGCUAAGGGAGCUGGCUGGGAACACCUCAGGGUCAAGUCCUCCCCUCUCACCCAACCGACCCAGCCCUAUGCAACGGCUACUACAACCAUUCCAGUCGGGAAGCAAGCCACCCUUUCUAGCCACACCUCCUCUACCUUCCAUGCAGUCCCCUUCUGGCUCUCAAACCACUCCGACCCCUCUUGCACAGCAGCCCAACACACCCAUGAAAUCCAAGUCUUGUGAAUUCUGUGGGAAGACUUUCAAAUUCCAGAGUAAUCUGAUUGUGCAUCGACGCAGUCACACGGGCGAGAAACCCUACAAGUGCCACCUGUGCGACCACGCCUGUACACAGGCCAGCAAGUUAAAACGCCACAUGAAGACACACAUUAACAAGUCAUCCCCCAUGACAGUCAAAUCCGACGAUGGCUUGUCCACAACCAGCUCCCCUGAGCCAGGAACCAGUGACAUUGUGGGUAGUGCCAGUAAUGCCCUCAAGUCAGUGGUUGCGAAAUUCAAGAGUGAAAAUGACCGUCAUAUUCCAGAGAAUGGGGAGGAGGAAGAGGAAGAAGAGGAGGAGGAAGAGGAGGAAGAAGAAGAGGAGGAAGAGGAAGAAGAAGAAGGAGAGGAGGAGGAGUUGGAGAGGGUGAGGGAGAGGGAGAGAGGUCGAAAUAACUACCAUUUCAGCCUCAAUUUAGAGGCUGCGCGGCACCACGAGAACAAUGGCGGACGUCUUAGUGAAGGCGAUAUACCGCGCUCGCUGCCUGAGGUUAUGCAAGGCAUGGGCCUGGCUGCCAGCAUGCAGCACUACAGCGAGGCUUUCCAUCAACACAAGCGAGGAGCUCUAAACUCUGACAAUGAUGCACAUAGGGGCAUGUGUGAUGAGGACUCAGCCCUGGAAUCAGACAGAGUGGAUGAGGGUUGUGUCUCUGCCAUCAAUGGUCGGGGCUCAUCUCCCAGCGAGUCCGCCUCCGUGGGAUUGUCCAAGAAGCUACUGCUGGGCAGCCCCAGCUCACUUAGUCCUUUCUCCAAACGAAUCAAGCUGGAAAAGGACUUUGACCUCUCCACCCCUACAAUCCCCAACACUGAGAACGUCUAUUCCCAGUGGUUGGCUGGCUAUGCUGCUUCUCGGCAGCUAAAAGACCCCUUUCUGAAUUUCGGGGAUUCCAGACAAUCGCCUUUCGCCUCGUCUUCAGAGCACUCCUCAGAGAACGGAAGCUUGCGCUUCUCAACGCCACCAGGUGAUAUGGAUGGCGGCGUCUCGGGCCGCAGCGGGACCGGCAGUGGCGGCAGCACGCCACACCUCGGGGGUCAUGGUCGGCCCAGCUCAAAAGAUGGCCGACGCAGUGACACCUGUGAGUUCUGUGGUAAAAUUUUUAAAAACUGCAGCAAUCUGACAGUGCACCGACGCAGCCACACGGGCGAAAGGCCUUAUAAGUGUGAGCUCUGCAAUUAUGCCUGUGCCCAGAGCAGCAAGCUAACACGGCACAUGAAAACGCACGGGCAAAUCGGCAAGGACGUUUACAAAUGUGAAAUCUGUCAGAUGCCUUUUAGUGUGUACAGCACCCUUGAGAAACACAUGAAAAAAUGGCACAGUGACCGCGCAUUGAACAAUGAAAUUAAAACUGAGUAGCGGUGGAGUGUGGAGGCUCACUUGCCUGUUCACAGCGAAGAACACCUUACCCCACCCUCAUCCUUGUAGAUUUCCCUGUUUCGCUAGUCCAGUGGCGGCUAAGACAACGUGCUUGGCACCACCAGCACACCCUUUUCAUUUACCGUUGAAUGCAUGAUCUGUAUCGGGGCAAUACUAUUGCAUUGACGCAAACUUGGAGCCUUUCUCUUGUGCAAUAAUUUACAUGUUGUGUACUUUUCUUUUUUCUUUCCCAUUUUGAAAAUUUGACAGCAUGCAUGAUAUGUUUUGGCUAAUUUUAAAAGAAAUCGUCCCUGGUUGGUUAGCUGUUUAGUAAAUGUGUAGCUGUUUUACCGUUCAUUAUUUUACAAAUGUUUUUCCUUUUUUUAUUUAAGGUCUAAGAAAAAGAAAAGAAUAACAACCAUGCUGCAUACAUUCUGUAAUACAUAUCAUGUACAGUUUUGUGUUGUAACAUGGAGGACUACGGUAUAUUUCUUAACCCUCUUUGGACGGGCUCAGUAUCGCACUUAAAUUAAUCUUUCAAAAAGAUGUUCUGUCCACGCAGGGUUAAAAUACGAAUUGGGCCAUAUUAUAGAAUAAAAGUAAUGACUGCUUUGAAUUUCUUAAAAUGGAAAACAUUAAGAUUUGAAUUUGUACUAUCAUUUGGUAAAACAAACAAAAAGAGUGCCUUGGAUAUCUUAAAAUUGCAUUGGUUAAUCUCAUCUGCUGUAAUUCUGGAGUCUCAGUUAGAUCAUACAAAAGGGUCCAUGUGAUCCUUAAAAGGUUCUUGCAUCAAGUACCUGACUGCUAGUCAACUGUGACUUUAGAGGGACAUUGUAAUAAUCAAAAAGUAAGGGAAAUUCUAGUUAAUCAUCAUUAGGUACCUACGUUAAAUUGAUCCUUCGGUUGACGUUUUUGGUGUGUGCAUGGCACAUGCGGUUCAGACUUGUUUACUUCCUCUAUUUGAAGGUACUGUACUUAGCGGUACUCAUUUUUAGUUUGAAAUUAUUUGACUUUUCUGUUUUUGUUAAAGUCGUCAGUAGCACAACGUUUUGGCGCUUUUUCAUGACCCAACGUGAACGUCCAUUGAAUACCUGAGGCCAUUUAGGCCGAACUAAUGCAAUGUACAUUUGCGAACUGGUUAAGAAAACAUUCAAAUAUUUGCAGCUGUCAGUGAUGAUUAACUAUGAAUUGCCUACAGGUCUGAAUCCUAUUUCUUUAUUAUUGCCGAUGUCUGAGCUCCCUGUAAAGACUAAAUGAACUUGAAUUACUGAGCGAGAGGGAAAACCAUACACAUCACUUUUGUUCCUUACUUUUAUAUUAGUUUCACACAUAGUGUGAUAUAUGUUGACAUUCAAGGAGACUCUUGUUGCAUUAUGACAUUAAUGACUUUAGACAAUGUUUCGGGUGUUUAGACGGCACACGCCUCUCGGCCCUUUGUUUUGUAUUUGACACGCUGAUUGGAGAUAUUGCAGUUGAGUAUAAAUUAAGAUUGUUUGCCUGUUGGACAACAAAGUGCACUGUUAAAGUUUCCCAGUUUACAGGUAUUCUUAAGAGGGAAAACUUCCUAAAAAAUGAACGUGGUGUCAUUAUUUAAUGUAUAAAAGCCAACUCGUCCUCACACCUCACAAUGAAAAAGCCCAACUCUGAUAUAUUAUUAUUAUUAUUAUUAUUAUUGUGUCAACGCUAACAGUGCUUGACCGAGUACGGACAAUUGAAACUUGCUGCUUUCACUGCAAGAACUUUUUUUUGUACAAAUCUUUUUUUAAGUAUGAAAAUAAAACUUUUUUAAAAAGUAACAUUUCAUCAUCUUAGGGGAAACUGUAUUUAAGUUUGUUGUUUCUCUUUCUCUUUGUCUUGGUGGCGUUCAAGACUCGAUCACAAUAUAUAUAAAUAUAUAUAUAAAUGGGAAAAAAUCUGUGAUUUUUUUUCUUGUUUUUUUAUUCUUUUUUUUGUCUUGGCUCUUCACAGCUCUUCAGGUCAAACUUGCAUUGGGGAAAGGUUUAAGAUUAUAUAUAAAAUAUAUAAUAGAGAAACUUAAAUAUAGGAAAAUGCACAUCAUGUCAGUUCCUAUGCUAAAACACAUUUAUGGUCUACUUUCUUCUGUAUUUCUAGAAUGGUAUUUGAAUUAAAUGUUCACCUAGUGUAGGUACUACAGUAUUUAUAUUGAGGCUUGUAUUUUUAACUGUUGCUUGUUCUCUCAGAAGGUAUAAUUGUACCUUUUUUGGUAGUGGAAAAAAACAACAAGCUGCCACGGUAUAUUUUUUUAAUUUGGCAGGAUAAUAUAGUGCGAAUUAUUUGUAUGUUUAAAAAAAGAAAACUGACAAAAAAAAUCAAAUGAAAAAAAUAAGUAUGUGGCAUUGUACAAUGGAAGCCAUUCAAUGGUUUCCCCACGGAGUCUUUUGAGAAUGUCCACACUAGCUAAAACAGGUGGUUGUACAUAUCUUUUUCUGUUCUUCUUUUUUAAAAUCUCCUCUGCUGCCAUUCUGUAUGCAGUACAGCAAGCUAAUGUUGGGUUGUUCUGUAGUGUGCUUCUGUCUUUUCACAUGUCUCACCCGAAUACAUUCCAGCAUCUUUAAAACGCAAACUUCAUAUGCAGUACGAAACCAGUAAACAAGUAACAAAAAAAAUCAUUCAAAUAAAUGAAUUAAAUGAUCAAUGUUUUGCAGGUGUUUUUUUUCAUUGCCAAAUAUUAAAUGGUGCUUUAUAUUUAGAUUGGGACGACUUUCAUAUGCAAAGCAUAUUUAAAUGAAAUGGAACUAAAGGAGCAGCCCACUUAAGUUCAUACUCUUUUGUAAAUGGCAAUGCGGAAUAUUUUGUUAUCAGCCUUUUCUAUUCCUGUUAUGAGAGAUGUUGUUGUAACUUGAACUUGAACUUUAUCUUUUUCAAUGGGAGUCACUAUUUAUUAUUGCUUAAUUACUCUGUUCAAAACAGAGACAUAGAAUGGAUCCAUAUUUGUUUGUUUGUUUCAUUUUAUUUUUCCUUUUUUUUUAAAGAAAAGAAUGACCAAAGGUCAUUGACAAACUUGCUUUUUUGUUGUUUUUGUUUCUGGUCUAUGUUAGGUUUAUUGGAGAAACCACUGUCUGUGUUUUUUGGCAGUUGUCUACAUUAUCCUGUUCACCAACCAAUUUUGUCCCUUUAUUGAAAACAAUUAAUAAAAAAAUUAAAGUAUA